AUGGUGCAGUUGGUACUUUUUGCGGUUCCCAUCGGGGGUGACAAAACCUUGCUGGUGUGGGAGCUGAGCUCUGGACCCACGGCGGAGGCCUUGCAACAUUCUCUGUUCACAGUCUUCUCACAGUUUUGCGUUCUGUAUUCGGUCCCAGUCUUCCCAAAUGCAGCAGUGGGUGGUCCUGGGUUCUAUGCCAUCAUCAAGUUUUAUUCAGCAAGGGAUGCCCACAGAGCCCAAAAGGCGUGUGACCAGAAGCAGCUUUUUCACACAUCUCCAGUGAAGGUUCAUCUCGGCACCAGAGAGAAGGCGGUUCAUCAUAAUACUCUUGCCCUAAACAGAUCCAGAUGCCAAGAAUUGGCAAAUUACUUCUUUGGUUUCCAUGGGUGGUCAAAAAGGAUCAUCAAGGUCAGCUUCUUUUCUUGUCAGCCGUGUGGCCAAAGGGAGGAAGACUGUCUCUCAGACUUCAGCUUUGAGGAGGAAGAGUUCAGAUUGCCAGAACUGGACUAG